UCUCGAAGCGAGCUUGUUCUAGGGCUUCCACGCGACUACGACUGCGAAAUAAAUCAUUCUACAGGAAGCAUGAAGCCAGUCUUCUGUGGGAAUUUUGAGUAUGAUGCCCGUGAGGGUGAUCUCGAACGACUUUUCAGGAAAUACGGCAAGGUUGAGAGGGUUGAUAUGAAAGCUGGUAAGCCUUUUCUUUCUCUCUUUCUUCUGCCUUUUACGUUUUUUUUUUUUUUUUUUUGUGGAUUACCUCGAUGAACAAGCAGUAUUGUAAACCACUAAGUGCAAUGAAAAAGCGAAAUUCAAAUGCAUUUCACGAAAUCCACUUCCGUGUUCUUCCCAUCCACGAGAAGGCUCUGGUGGACUUUCUCCUUUUGGAAGGAAGUACUAAACAUAGACCACAUCCACCUGGCCACGUUUGAAGUUUGGAAAGUACUUCAGAAGAAAAACUUUAGAAAAAAAAAAAAGAUUAGUGUAAAACGGCAUUUUCUUUGGCGCAGGAUGUGAUUGAUAAUCUUGGGAUGCCUAUACUCCCACCAGGCCAUGAAUGGACCAUUGAGAAAUCCAUCUCCUUAUCCCCCAAAUUGAGUCACUUUCCAUCCGCAAUAGCACUGCCAUCUUAAUUGCAUUUCAUUCCUCAUCACUUUACACACUUGGACAUGCCUCUGCAAUGGAGAAGACACUCUGUUUUCAUUCACAUCCCGUCUGACUUCCACAUUUUUCAGUUGUUCCUUGACAUAUUAAUUCCAUAAUGCAAGGGUUUGCUUUUGUGUACAUGGAAGAUGAAAGGGAUGCAGAAGAUGCCAUCCGAGCCCUUGACCGUAUUGAAUUUGGGCGUAAGGGACGAAGACUUCGUGUUGAGUGGACAAAGAGUGAACGUGAAGGUGAUAGAAGAUCUGGUGGUGGUUCAAGGAGAUCCUCAUCCGGCAUGAGACCUUCCAAAACUCUCUUUGUGAUUAACUUUGAUGCGGAUAACACUAGGACCCGGGAUCUAGAGAGACACUUUGAGCCGUAUGGAAAGAUCCUAAACGUUAGGAUCAGGAGGAAUUUUGCAUUUAUCCAAUACGAGGCACAAGAGGAUGCCACAAGAGCACUGGAUGCUACAAAUAACAGUAAGCUGAUGGAUAAGGUGAUCUCAGUGGAGUAUGCGGUGAAGGAUGAUGAUGCUAGAGGGAAUGGACACAGUCCUGAAAGACGCCGUGAUAGGUCACCUGAAAGGAGAAGGCGAUCACCUAGUCCUUACAAAAGAGAAAGAGGAAGCCCUGAUUAUGGCCGAGGUGCUAGUCCUGUUGCUGCAUACAGAAAGGAUAGGACCAGUCCUGACUAUGGCCGUAGACGUAGCCCAAGUCCUUACAAGAAAUCAAGGUGUGGCAGUCCUGAGUAUGGUCGCGACCGCAGAGGCAAUGAUAGUCCUCGUAGGAGGGAGAGAGUUGCAAGCCCUAAGUACAGCCGCAGUCCCAACAACAAGAGAGAGAGGAUGAGCCCUAAUCACAGCCCGUUUAAGAAGGAAAGUCCGAGAAAUGGGGUUGGUGAAGUUGAUAGUCCCAUUGUAAGGAGGGAGAGAUCGAGGUCUAGCCCAGAGAAUGGCCAAGUUGAAAGCCCUGGCUCAAUAGGAAGAAGAGACAGCGAUGGUGGGUAUGAUGGUGCAGAGAGCCCAAUGCAGAAGAGCCGGUCUCGUUCGCCACCAGCUGACGAGUGAUGAAAGUGGAUCCACAAUCUCUCUAUCAAAGUUAGGAUGUUGUAACUGUUUGUAGUCAACGCUAUGUUUGUCGUGAUUAGUUUUUGUCUUUUGCUUAAUGGAUUCGAACUCGGAUCUCUUUUAUUGUCUGAUUGAAAAACUAUGUCUGUGUGCCAAGGUACUGCAUUUUCGAUUUUUAUCAUCUUACAA